UCAAAUUAACCUUCAUGUAAACGGAAACCACAGAAUGUAAACAAACAAAUUGAAAUAUAUCGAAGCAAUGGAAAUCGACUUGGAAAUAUCAGACGAAGAGUAUGUCAUUCAACGAGCAAAGGCCGCCUUCUCGUCCAACCCCGUGGCUGCGAAGGCAUGGAUGCUCACAGCGAAAACCCUCUACCCCAACAACUUUGGGGUACAGUUCGAAGCAUACCACAUAGAGAAGGACGCAGGGCACGUCAAAGAGGCGGCCAAGUGCUUCAGCGAGCUCAUCACCAAAUUUCAACAACACCCCGAUCUCUGGAAGGAGGUGGAAAAGGUGACCGUGGCCCUGAGGGCAGAAUCAGACACCAACGAUGCCGAAACGCAAUUUCUAUGCGAGAUGUUUCGGCAUAUAUCCUCUGACGUGCAACACAAGCUGUUGCUGUUCACAGCCGAGCACUGCGAAGACACCAUGGAGCACUGUCGGCUACUGCUUCUGCUACUACAGCGGUUCCCCACAGCCAUCUCAAGCAACGGGCCCCGGCUAGUGGAAACGCUCAUCAGCGCAGAAAAACACAGUGUAGACGGUCACUUUCCGGUCAACCCGUACAGAAAACUGUUGGUGUGCGACUUGCUCCCGCUUCUGGGCAACGAAAAAGCCAAAUGUAAGUAUCAAUAGUAAUGUAUAAGUAUUCUUUCAAAACUGCUAUACAAGCUUCUACACAAGGCCAUCGAGUUCUAUCUGUGCUACCUGGGGUUGAGCACCAGCGUUAUCCAGGACACCGAGACCAAAAUCGAAGACCCGUGGGGGAAACUCUUCACCGUAUUCGAAUUCAUCGGCAACCAGCUCAACUGGGAGCCGUACCUCAUCAACUUCACCAGCAACUGGUCCAAAGAGGCCUACUGGCAGAAGAUCAUCAGCUUCUGCCAGAGCAAGACGAAGUCUUAUCCGCUGGAAGAUAAGCAGUUGUUGUUCUGCUUGUCGAUUUACUUUGUCUAUUGCUUGUUCGAGUACAACGCCAGCCUGACGCCCGAGUCAAGCCCCGGCCAGAUCCCUACGACGUAUCUGUUGGUGGAAGCUUUCUCGGACCCGAAUCUGCCCAGUCUGGUGGCUGAACCAAAAACUAAGAAGCGGAAGAGCGAUGUUGAUGGGAGUCAGGUUCCCUGUUUGACGGUCGAAAAACCCGAACUCAAGCACAUACAGAGCAACUUCAUGGUCUGCGUCAACUGCUGGGACCUACUAAACUCUUCCGAUAGCUUGCAGCGCGAGUUCAUAAAACUGAACGGGCACCUCAAGCUGGACCCCCUCCUGGCGGGUUUCGUGAUCGACUACGCCCUAUACAAGGGCCUCUACGAUGAGGCGCUCAUGUUCCUGCACAAGAUAACCGAUAGCUCGCUUCUGCUACAAAGGCACAUGAGGCUCACGAGUGUCCUCUACACCAAGAAGAACUACGCUUCGUGCUUAGAGCCAAUCCUGCUGGCGCUGCCUCUGCUGCCGAGUAAUAAUGUGGGUUGUCUCAGCAGCAGCUUGAUCAUGGGCGGAAGUCAGAAACACCUGCACUAUCUGCCGCUGACCAAGACGGCCGCUCUGCAGUAUCUAGUCAAGGUGUUACUCAGAUGCGUCAAAGAAAACAUGGCGAAGCACAGCUACAGCGAGCUGUCCAUUGGCCAUAUUUUCACCCUGGUCCAGCUCGACUGGCCCCAAGAGGAAGACUUCGUGCCCCCACUUCUGGAGCAGAUCCAGCAACACCGCACGUUCCAGUACCACAACUUCCAAAACUACAUCUUGAAUGUUGACAU